GAAUUAUAGGCUGUUCAACUGGCACUUAGAGAACCUUAGAGGGAGGCAACUUCUCUCUUCUUCUUCUUCUUGUUUAUUUCUUGCUUUGUAAGCCAAAAUGAUAGGUCAAAGAAAUCCAGAAACAACUUUCCCUGUUGAUUCCUCCAUGGCCUUCAUUUAUCUUGUUUAGGGUUUCCGCUUUCCAGUUUUUUUUUUCUCUUUUGGGGUCAAAGAAGAAGGCACCGACCCUCAAAGACCAAGAAAACCUCUAAGAAACCAGUAUUUGCAGGUCAGUUUCUUGUUUUAGCUUAAAAUUGUAGCAGCAAGCUACACCCACCCUUUAAUUCCCCCCCCCCCCACCCACACACAGCUAGCCAGCAAUUUUAUGAUUAGAUUUUCCAUGUGAUAAAUAAGGAAAUCAUAAUGAUCUUUGGGCAAAAGGAGAAAGGGUUUCGUAAUAAUGCAGAUCAAGAGGAUGAUGAUGGGGAGGAAGUACCGGUGAGAGAAAUUUCAAGCAACUUCCCGUUUUCCCCUUCUUCUUCUUCUUCAGUUUCUUCCAAGUACAAGGAGUCUGUUCACUUGUCGCUUGGAACCUUGGGUUCUCGAGAAGAUUACAAAGCCCAAGAGUUUAGUUUCAAUUUCGACAGGAAACAAGAGCUGAUGGAUUUGUCACUCGGAAACAACAACAACGACGACGAAGAAUCAAACAUCAUCGGAAGCUGUAGAGGUUGUGAUGGUGAUGAUGGCAGUAGGUUUAUUGAGAAAGAACACAUGUUUGUUAAAGUUGUCACACCGAGUGAUGUAGGCAAGCUCAAUCGCCUCGUUAUACCGAAGCAACAUGCCGAGAAGUACUUCCCUCUCGACUCUUCCUCGAUCGAGAAAGGGCUGUUAUUGAAUUUCAAAGAUCGGAACGGCAAGUUGUGGCGGUUCCGAUACUCUUAUUGGAAUAGUAGCCAGAGUUAUGUGAUGACCAAAGGUUGGAGCCGUUUUGUAAAGGAGAAAAAGCUUGUAGCGGGUGAUACAGUGUCGUUUCAACGAGGUGCCGGGGAGUCGGUGAAAGACCGGUUAUAUAUCGAUUGGAGGUCCCGGCCUAAUGUGCUCGGUCCGGCACAGUUUGCACAUGUUCAGCUCCAAAAUCAGUUCAACUUUCCUCAGCCGGUCCAGUGGGGUGGACUCUACUCGCUGCCUCGACCGAUUUGCAUGCCACGGAACUACGAACCUUUACAUCGGUUGAAUUACAGCAUUUAUCCUUUCAAUCGUCACCACCAGCAGCAGAUUACUUACGGCAAUGUGUCGGAUUAUUAUAUGACGUCAUCAUCAUCACAUCAAAUUGGGGCAUUGCAAGGGGGUGGAAGAGGGGAGCCAAUGCCAAUGGUGAUUGAUUCAGUUCCAGUAGUUCAGGGAAACAAAACAGCGGCUAAAAGGCUAAGGUUGUUUGGUGUGAACAUGGACUGUCCUAAUCCGACACAAGACGAAUCUUCAUCUUCUUCUCUCCAACCAAGACUGUCCAAUAACAAUGUCUCACUGUCCGCUACGCAAGCUGAAUAUUCAAGGAAAGGGAAAUCUUCCUUGUCCAUUGAUUUGGAGCUCUGAUCAAUGAAGCGAAAAUUCUCAGCUGUCGUCAAAAUCGUGACAGGCACCGGAUUUAGGGAAGCGGGUCGAAAGACAAGACUUUUAUCAAUCUGAGCUUUCUGUUACUUUUGAUUUAUUUAUUGUUUCAGCACAAUAGUUAGUUAAGGUUUGGGAUCUGUGUAAAAGCUAAAGAUCAAAGAAGCUGCAACAUAUGAACUUGAAAAUUGUGUAUAUUAUUUAUAUAUACAGAAAAUUGCAACCAGCCAAAAUGGCUUCUCCCC